CGCCUCAGUAAUCCAGUGGGCAAUGCACCGACCCUAUGGUGCCGUGCCGCCAAACGGCCAAAAAGUGAAAAACAACACGUUGAUAUUCAAAACAAAAAUCGGCAGAUCGUUGAUUACUUUUCUUUAUUGUGAUGGUUCUACAUUUUUGUUUUGUCUUUGUGUUCGCCAGUUUUUAGCUCGUGUCGCAAGUUACUGUUUGCGUUUUUAAAUCCUGUUAAAUUCUAAAAUGAGUGUUAGAAGAAAUGGGAGACAAGUGGCUGAUGUAAUUGAGAAGUUGAGAGUUAACCACAACAAGAAUGCACUUCGUGGUAGGAAUAAGCGUGAUCCUUCUAGUGAAACCACAAAACUAAGAAAAAGAAACGAAAUGUUUGAAAGGGCUGAGCUGUUGUCGAUGGACAACUACAAGGCUCAAAUUAUUAUGCUCAUUCAUUUUCCCAACACAAAACAAUCAACAACCUAUGGAAAAGCCUUUGGUAAUGUUGCCCAGUCUUUCCUUGAUGCUCACAAAAGUGUUGCGAAAAAAUUUUAUGACUUCUGCAAUGCUGCAGAUCAAGUUCCUGGAGAUUCCAGUGAAGAAGCUAACCCACACAUUUUUCCGAAUUCUGAUGAUUCCAUUGAAAAAGCUGGCACACACAUUAUUCCAAAUUCUGAUGAUUUCAGUAAAGAAGUUUGCCCUGAAAAUAGUUCCAAUCUGGGUGAAACUGGUGAAGAAGCUGUUUUUGAAAACACUGAAACCCUGACCACUACUUCUGAAAAAGUUUUGAUCGAGAUGGGUUUUGAUAAGGGUGAAGAAGAGUUGACAACACUGGAUAUGCUUUUCCAAAAAUAUGGAGAUUUACAGAAUUGUGAAAUUGUCUCGAGCCAGACAACAUGUUAUCAGAAAACCUUGAAAGCCCCAGUUGCUGGGAAGAAAUCACCGACCUAAACAAAAAAUUGUAAAUCGGUUUACUACCCUAGUAAAAAUUUUAAAUGUGGUAAUUUUGCACAAAUGGAUAGAUCUUUUCAAGAGCUAUCCAUUCCUGUAA